GUCGCCUGGAAGCUGUUGGACACAGAACACGCUAAAAUGCCACAAUACGAGCUGUCAUUGAUAACAAGAAUUUUAUCGAAGGUGAGAAUUACAGAUAGAAUUCGAAGCUGUCUACACUUACCUUUAAAUCUAUCAGGGUGUUAGCGUCAAUUACCAUAUAGCUAGAAGUACUCGUUACAUCAAAAGUCAGAGUCUUCCCUGACCCUAGCUGUGGCUUCCCUUUCCAACUUGUCUAGGAAGAUCGGAUCGGCUCAUCCUCGGUGAAAGAACCUGUGAAACUCACGAGUGACGUAAAGUAAAGGACGCAAAGAAGUCAACACAAUAAAACCUAGGAAAACAAAAGGUCAAAAAACUUCACAGGUUCUUACACCGAGGUAAACCUGGAAGAUCAAGGAGUUUCUCAGGAGGCACAUCUCCUGAGGACAGGACUUUUUGUACUGUAUGAUCAUGUAGUUGAGCUUCCCGUGAACAGCCACCCAAAAUACCAGGAAGAAGAGGAAAUAUGAAAUCUCCCGUUUAAUCGGCGAAGUUUGCCAUUUCUUCAGCGGACUCGACUUUCCGACAUUAAAAUUUCACCCCCACAGGGAUUUUCGCCCAGAAGGUGAAAUCUCGAGGAGGCAUCCUGGUAGCUCAUGGGUAUAUUUUAGAAAAGUAUGUUCUUACAGUUGAAGUAUUCAAUCAGUAUGCCAGAAAAACUCUCAAUUUGCUUGAUCAGGGGCUGCAUAAAAUUGUUGGGUAUUGAUAACGUUUCUCCUGUUCACGCCCACAAGUAUGAGAUGGUUAGGGUGACGUAAAACAGAAAAUCCCCAAAGGGACCACUUAGGUUGAUUUUGCGGCAGUGUGUUAUCGCACAGUCAUACUUUUUUGCGGUAGCAUGUUAUCAGUGACAUUCUGUGAAGAAAGUUAUGGACAAAAAGACACUUGUUAAGUACAGAUGAAGUUAUAAGGUGUGUGUAUUAAACUGAGUAUGCAUAAAUGAACACUUGGAGAGUUUGCCAGACACGAGUAUCAUUCACAAAUCUUUUAUUGGAAACAAUUUACCAGACACUCUUUCUCUCUCUUUGGGGGAAUAAUCCACAAAAAAGCAAGAUGAGUGAAUCAAUGGCUAGCGUAUCACUAGCAGAACUGUGGACUAUUACAGAAAUUCACCGACAAUUAAAUUCUGUGCUGACAUUAUUCCCUGCUCACAGAUGUCCUUCUGUCAAGUUUUUUUAAAAGUGUUGUUAAUAGUUUACAAAAUGACUAGAACGCACAAGCAUGAAUUGAUCAAACCUUUUAAUUUCUAAGGCUUACUUUCCAGCUAUUAAAACGAACUGUAUGCAAAAACUGAAAGAGAAUUAGUGAAAAAUUCCAACUUCUUCUUCUGUGUAAAUCAAACUGAAUCAGUACAUGGAACCUUGCUUUUGCUGUUUUCAUCUCACCUAUUGUAUGGUAUAUGUGUGAAAAUCUUCAUUAUGAAUCGGUAUAUUUCAAAGAGCUACACAACGACCAAGAAUACAGUUGACUGACAACAUACAGAGUGGGGGCAGCUGUAGUGUCAACUGUUACUAGUGUUAACAUUGAACAUUUCCUUAUAAACUUUGGUAUGCCCUUUUAAUAUAACAAUGUGAUUGGUGGAAAGUAAACCAAUUGGGUCAAAUGACACAAAGGCAACAUCGUUUUCACGUGUUUUGUGAUUCACAAAUUCGUGAUAAUCAGAGUCAACGAGUGUUUUUUGCACAAAUGACAUCAUGUGUCAUGCGUUAUGACAUCAUCUACAUUAUACCUCCCUAUCAAUUCUCAAUAUAUUUGAAGUCAUGGGGGGUUGACAGCCAUGUCAACUCUUUUCAAAGCAAAAGCAUGUAAAUGUACAUACAUGUACUUGUCAGACUUUGUAAAGCCACAACAAAGACCCAGGGGAGUAGGCUGAUUUUUUUUUUAAAACAGAAUAGCUUAAGCUGUUUGAUCAGAUGACAGUUUUUUUGAACAUGUAGAGCUUAAGAUGUUUGAUUGCCUGACAAUAUUUUCAUCCUUUAUUAAAUUGUCUGAUUUGUUUCUUAAAGGAAAUGUGAGAAACUCUGUAUGGAUGUUGGGGCUUAAAGGAUUAAAGGGGGUUUUUCAAGACUUAAAUGUUGUGCUUUUUUGACAGGAGGGAUUUGCCUCUGUUCUUCGUCGGACAGCUCUAUCUAUUAUGGACAAAGGGGGAGUAGUAAGAAAAAUGGAAAACCUAGGAGAGCAAGAGCUUCCCCACAGAAUGAGAGCACAUACUGAAUGGCAUACACAUGGCAGGUAAGUUGGUAGCCAUUAAUAAAGUACAAUGUGAAAAGAAAUUAUUAAGUUACAGUGGAACCUCAAUUUAAUGUUCAAACCUCAACAUGUAUAUAACCAAGAGCCCAUAACCUGGAGUGAGCAACUCCCUUGUGCUCAUGCAACAGCAUUUUCACAGACCAGUUUAUUUUUAGAUCAAUUUUCCCACAAAUUUUGACUACAUGUAUCAAAUAAGCCUUACAAAUCAAUCAGCAAAAACUGGAGACCAAAAAAUGUAUUUCUGAUGUUUUGACAGACAUGAGUAUUUGCUCUCUCUUUUUGGUGUAGGUAUUUUCGUACUAUUGAUGGGCACAAAUAUGAAAAGGUGCUUCUGUUUUUAUGAGAAAAGUACUCCAAACUGAUGCUAAAAAUAAACUGAUCUGUAAAAACACUGUUGCGUGGGCCAAGCAUGAGAGUUGCAUGCUCCAGGUUAUGGGCUCCUGACAGGCACAGAUCUAAGAUAAGUCCCCUUUCUUGGGUUUCUGAGUCAUUACGACAGGUUAUUGGCCAGCUCCUUUCUCCUUGCAAUUCGGCGGAUCAUUUCGUCAAGGCCAGAUAUGAAGCAAGAUUUCAACUUGGAAAGUAUUUUUAUUAUUAAAAAUAUUAUAUUCAUUAAGUAAAAUUUGACCGAUUUCCAUAAAAAUGGCGGAAACAAGUGUGGAUCCGCACCUGCCUGAUAUAACAAACUCCUUGGUAUGAAAUUAUUUUGAACAAUAUUCCUAGCCCAAGAAAUAGUAAUGUGAAAAGAACCGCGAUAUAAUGAAACCUACUUAUAGCAGGCAUAUUAAUUUGGUCAGUCCGUUGACCCUUCAUUAUAUCAAGGUUCCGCUGUGAAUAUAUUAUCAACAGUGUUAGUACAACUUUUAAAUUAUGAUAAAAUUAAACCCCCCUGGCUGAACUUUUUCAUACUAUUAUUCAUUUCUUAGGAUUUUAUUAAAAGAAAUUAGAAUUCUUUAGUGAACUUAUCUUUGGCCACUGUUAGGAAAUGGUUAUGCACAGGCAUUCCACCUACCCUCAUUCCCAAGAAGAGGAGAAAAUCCUGGGAAUGAGGUUGAUACUUCACUUUCCUUGACUUUAGCCUCUGCAUAGUUACUAUCUUGGCCUGUGUAGCAAGUGUUUCCGUGCGAGUUUGUAGCGUGGUAAAAGUGCUCUUGUUUUCAAUGUUCUGCGGAAAAAACUUAUGUACAAAUGCUUGCUGCAGCAAGAUAUUAUUAUUAUUAUUAUUAUUAUUAUUAUUACUAUUACUAUUAAUACAAGUGCCUAUAUGUUCUAGAAUUAACAGUUAGUUUCGAGUCUAACCUUAAUAACAAUGCAGUGUGUAAAAAAGAAAAAUAUCUGAACUUGAUCAAAGAAAUGAGUAGAAAUUACAGAUGUGUGAAAUUUGUAAAUCUCUCUUUGAGCUCUCUUGGCAUUAUUUUCUCUGAUGAAUGUUCCAUGUUCUUAGACAUGAUGAAUAACAACAUAUUACAUCUUUUGUUGUAGAAAUAGGAAUUGGGAUAGCCCAGACUUAAUGCAGUUGGGUUUUUUUUUUCUUUUCUUUUCUUUUCUUUUUUCUUUCUUUCUUUUCUUUUUCGAAUAAUCCAAUCUCAAGCUGCAUUUGUAAAUUGCCUAUACAUAGCGAGAUUUACAAUUGUACAUUCAAAAACACAAUAAAGUUUCUAUUAUUAUUGAAUUCUUAUCAUUAUCUUGAUAUAGGAAAACCUUAAUAUGUUAUUGUCGAUAUUUAUUUUCUUUAGAUACUUCUUGAUGCACUUUGACUUAGGAACAGAAGGUCUAAAGGAACUGAAGCACGAGUUAGGCACAGACACAGAUCUUAUACGGCCACGUAUCAUCAAAGUAAAAAGCCGUUAUGAUUCUUUGAAACACAGACAUUCCUUGUUAGAAUGCUGGGAGAGUUACAAGCCUCCAAGUAGCUUUCAGCCAGGAUGA